AAGCUUCUAGAUUUUUAUUCAUAUCAUAACUUCCAAGCAAUUCUAAACCCCAACCCCAACUGGUGGAUCGGCAAAUGGCGGGUUGGAACGAGAAGAUGGCGAAGAUGGCCUUCCGGCGCUCGAAGUUUCGCCGCCUGGCGUGGGGGGAUGGGGAUCCGUACCCUUACACCCCGCGCGCUACCUUCCGCUACCAGUGGGAUGACUGGCCGCUGUGGGAGAAGGUCUGGCAUCUUUCCUUGGCGAUCCUCGGCGUGGAAUUCGUCGUGUGGGCGUACUACUCCAAACUGAACAGCCGGAUGGAUUGGGCGCGUGAGGAGGCGCUUCGUCGGAUGCGUCUACGUCGUGAAGCUCAGGAGUUAAUGAUCUUAGAAGGGGAAACGUUUGACUCGGAUAUCCAGCCCGAUCGCCGUUAAAUCGCUUUUGAAGGGUAGAGUUACUUUUGGUGGUGGUAGUGAUGGUUUUCUAGGGAGGCGUUUAGUUAGUGUAGGAAUGUAACACUUAUCUAGAAUGUGGAUAACUUUGUAGAAUUUUUCUUUUGAGGAUGUUGUUUUCUUACCGUAGUGUUAUUUUCUAUCUAUUAGCAGAUAUAGUUGCACAAAAAUGGAUCCAUUAUUCCUCUAAAUUCGAA